GGCUUGGAAAUUGAGCGCUAUAUUUGGAGAAGUGUGAUGUCACAAGUGGUUGAGGGAGAAACCUAUAACAGGCUUAGAGAAAACUAGUGACAGCACCAGUAACGCCUGCUGCUGCUCUCACCUUCUUCUAAACUACAGGAGAAAUUUCUGUCUGCUCUUCAGAAUCCUGCCAUGUAUCAUCUAAAAUUUCCUGCCCUGCUUCUUCUGCUACUUGUGCUGUUGCAGUGUGUGACCACGGCGCCAAACAACAGGUUUUUCAUCUCCUCCAAUGAACAGGUGGAUGAAAUGCUGGAUGGGAAAAGAUGGACAGCCCCAGGUUUGCUAAAGAACCCUUUUCUUGAAUUUGCAGAGAUGCGACCGGAGAGGGAACUCAACACAGUCAACAGCCCACAGCAUCACAUAGAGAAAAGAAGAUGCAACACGGCCACAUGUUUGACUCAGCGGUUGGCCGACUUCCUUAUUCGCUCCAGUAACACCGUCGGCACGGUCUACAUCCCCACUAACAUCGGUGCGAACACCUACGGCAAGAGGGACGUGUUCCAAUCAGCCAAUUCACUCCCUCUUUAGUCUCCUCUUGUGUAAAUAUACAAUACCCAUCCAUCGUAACAAAUCCAAAUGGUGAUGACACAUCGUCAGAGUGUUAUUUCACGGUUUUAUUUUCCUGUCUGUGCCUUUUAGUUACAAAACAACAAAAUCAUAACGAACGGUACGCUUGCUGCAAACAGUACAAUGUAAAAAUUGUACGAUGUGAACAACAAUAAUUUAUUUAUAAUUCAAAAAGUGUUUUAUUCUUUUAUUUUGUAAUAAAAGAAUCUUGAAAUUACA